AUGCUGCUUGCUGUCUGUGGUCUCUUCCAAAUCGACAGGAUUGCCGCCCGCCUCGACGUGGUUCAUUUCGCGAACGGGUCAAGACCAACGACAGAGCGGAAACAGGGCGGCUUGGGCAACCAGGUGAUCACCCGAGCUGGCCAGCGCUUCGCUUUCGUGGGGUCGAUCUUGUGGAUCUCGUACAUCUCAUCUUGGGUGUCGUAUCAGCUGUCUUCGUCCCAGACAUUGAAACUCAACCUGAUUUUUGGAGUGCCCAUUUUUAGUGCACCGGCCUGUGGUUAUUGGCCAGGCCUCAAUCUGUGCGCCGCCGCCGAGACUGUGCUGAAGCACAAAAAAAUGCGCGACGCGCCCCAGGCCAAUGCCUCCCCGCUGCUCGCCUGA